CAUGGCGACAUUAAUGAGAAUGCCUCUUGGCACUGCAACUUUCAGGCGAUUGACAAGUGGGUUAACUCGUUUAAGAAGACAUGUAUCUUCAACGAGUAGUCUCAGCAAUGAGAUGUCACAAUCUGCAUUGGUAUCUGAAGAAGAAGUAAUUAUACCAAGAAGAAAAAAGAAGGACCAUUUGGCGGUUUUGAGGGCAUUGGCUUCAACUGUUGGUAAGGACCCAACGUCCAAGCCGUAUGUAUUUCACGAUGACCCCUAUCUUUUGCCAAGAACAGCCGGACAACAACAGAUGUAUUCACUAUCAGCAGAGGCUGGCAAAAAAGCAGCUCGAUAUGUCUUGAGUAAAUAUCCAGAAAAUUUCCAGGCAAUAACACACGAUGAACCAAAAAUUGAAUGCUUGUACCCUAAGAUUGAUGGUUAUGUAAUCGAAAAUGCCUGCGAGGAGGGUAUUUUAGAAAGAGUUAACAACAGGGAUGUGAAAGCUGCAAUGGAAAUGCACUGUAACAUGAUGGAACAAGGGAUGGAAGUGAAUUUAGAAACAAACAACUUGCUACUUGAUUUGUUGUGUUUUUAUGGUGGAAAAGAGGCUCCAAAAGAGUUUGAAGACACAGCACAAGUCAUUACUGAAGAAGUAGACGAUGACAACGUUGUAGAACCCGAAAUAAAACCACAGAGAAGGAGAGGUGGAAGAAUGUCAAAGUUUGUAAAGGAAGUGAUGUGGGAAGAUGGUAACUAUGCCGAUAAGUUAUUCAGUGUGAUGCAGCAAAGGGACUCAAACAGUUACUGUAGUAUGGUGCGGGGAAUGGUGAAGCACAGAGCGCAAGCCAAAGCUUUUGAGCUGUAUAACGAAAUGCAAGAUAAAGGCAUCAAAGUUGAUAUUGAUACAUAUCAUGCCCUUAUCCAAGGUUCUGUAGCUAUCAGAGAAUCGUACUGGGAUCGAUGGCAAAUCGUACUACAACUCUUAAAACAAAUGAAAGUGGAAGGCAUUAAACCUACUUUAGCUACUUUUAAUUCUGUCCUGAUAGCGCAAGGCAAGAUGGGUGCCAUUGGUCGCACCAUGUCUCUGCAAACACUGAGUGAGAUGAAAGCACUUGACAUUGAGCCGAAUCUAGCCAUCUAUUCGCAGCUCUUGUCUAUAUUCUAUAAGCCAAACCUGCCAUUAACAGACAUGCUGUAUGACAUUAUGGAUGAAAUUGAAGAUAAAUGCUUUGUAAUUCAUUAUCCGAAUGAUACCAGAUUCUUUCUUGAUGCCAUGAGUGUUUGUCAGACAUUACGUGAUGUACAACUUGCCCAUAAAGUCAAUAGAUUAGUUAAUAUUGGUGAAAAUUACAAGUUACUUGGUAACAAUAGUAUGAGAUAUACAUACUAUACUAAAUUAUUCAAUCUUGUAUGCCAACUUGAUACUCCUGAUAAUAUACUAGAUUUUUAUCAAACACAUGUGCCAUCUUACGUUGUUCCAAAUAUCGGAGGAAUGCAAAAUUUAUUACAAGCGGUGGAGACAUAUGAUAUGAUAGAUAAACUCGCUGAUAUUUGGGAAGAUAUUAAAAACUUUGAACUAAUGAACAGACAACAGGUGAUAGAUCAGGUGUUGUAUUUAAUGGCAAAAGACACGCAUAAACAGGAACAUCAGCAGGCAUUUUCCGACAUCACGAUGGAAAUAAGCAAGAUUAUAGCUGAUUCCAGCAAACGAAGAGAUCGUCUUGUUUGGAGUACCACUUCAAUUGGUUACGCUGUACAUGUGAAUCUUAAAGCUAAACAGCUUGAUAGAGCUUGGGAAACUAUGAGAUUGUAUCCAAUACAUCAAAGAGUUCCGAGUUCUACUGUUGCUGAUGAAUUUCUCGCCGCAUGUAUUGAGAUGAAAGAUACACAGAAAGUAUUGGGACUGGUGGAAAUCAUAGCAGAUAGUGGAAUGGUAACCAUAGCAACUUAUGUGGAAAAGAUCAAACAGAAUCUUCGCCUCUCAGAAGAUGAGGAGAAAAAGUUAGAUGACAUUGUCAAAGAUGAACUCUAAGUAGUGCAUGCAUUGUUUCAAGUUUGUUAGAAUAUUGCAUCAAAAUAUUUGCCUGAACAAUUGUCCUUUAACUGAAAUGGUUAAAUAUUGACAUCUCCAGACUUGAAAUAUUUGAUGAAUUGUAUAAUGUAUUUCUCCAGCAUACAAUUCAUGAUACUGUUUGUACUAACAAUGUGUCAGUAUACUAGUAAGUAGUGGCUUAAGCGAACAAUGACCUUUACCCUUUGAGAGCCAUACAUUUCCCCCCAGAAUUUUUUGCUGCAAACAAGUCUGAAUGCCAAAAUCUCAAUUUUUGUUAUCAAAAGGGUUAACACACAUCUGACUGGAUUUGUCAACCAAUUACAGCGAGCAUUCCUUACUAGAAACUGAACUUGCAUCAAAAUUUGUCAGAUAUAGUUGGGGGCACACUGAUUAACUGUAUAUUAAAAAAUGCAAAUUUUGUUUUUAAUUGUUGAAAUAAAUACAUAGCACCA